GAAUUUUAUUACAUUGUUUCUUCUUAUUCUGCUAAUUUCUCUCAUUUUGAUAUUGUCUAACAAAAUUAGAAAAAAUUUAUGCAAGUCUUAUGAUACGUUGAUUCUAAUCAAUUCUAAUAUACAGGUAUUGAAAGCUCUAUAGCUGUCAGAUAAGAAUGGCUUUGGUUAUGUCCAAGAAACAGGACAAAAUGGACAAUAAUAUUGUCGCCGUGAAAAGUAAAUUUGAUGCCGAUAUCAUCCGAUUUUCCAUGAAUCGAAAUGAGCCUAUGAGAUACGAAGAGUUUGGGAUGCUUCUAGCACAGCGCCACGCUAUAGGAAAAGAUUUUAAUUUUUCAAUAUGCCACGCGGAUACUGACGGAGAUUUGCUUCCCAUAAAUAAUGAUAAUAAUCUGGCUAGAGCUUUGCUAGCUGCCAGAUGUUUGUUAAGAAUAUUUAUUCAAAGAAAAGGUGAUGGAACGUGGGAUAAUGUACAUGGGACAAUAAAAACAAAAAAUUUUAUAUCUAGUAUAUUGGGCACACCUGGAAGACCGAAACCUAUUGCUAUUUCAAAUCCACAUGAUUUUAGACAAGUGUCCGCCAUUAUCGACGUCGACAUUCUGCCAGAAACUUGUCGACGGGUACGUCUUUUAAAACAUGGUUCGGACAAACCUCUAGGAUUUUAUAUCAAGGACGGCGAAAGUUACCGCGUACUGCCACCGUCUGCUGGUGGAGGAAUCGAAAGAGUUCCAGGAGUAUUCAUCAGUAGAUUGGUGCCAGGUGGUCUAGCAGAGAGCACAGGACUUUUAGCUGUAAACGAUGAAGUCCUGGAAGUAAACGGUAUAGAAGUUGCAGGCAAAACGCUUGACCAAGUAACGGAUAUGAUGAUAGCAAAUUCAUCUAAUCUCAUCAUAACUGUCAAACCAGCAAACCAGAGGACAGCGUUAUCCGUAUCUCGUCACGGUUCAUUCUCGCGCAACAGCCAAUUGUCAACAAGAAGUCACCAGUCUACACAAAGCGCCGACAGUGAUGAGGAGACGGAUGAAAUUGUUGAUCUCACGGGCUUGACGGUGUAGGACGCUCCGACAUCAUCCACGUGGAGCACCGUCACCAUUAUCGUUACAGCAUCAUGUUUAUCGAAUUGUACAUCAAAUAGUUAUUAUUCUGCUUCAUGUAUGUUCUUAUACGCAUAUAUACUUUAAUAUAUAUUAUAUUACUUAUAUUAUUUAUUAUUUUAUAUUUAUGCGUAUUUCUAUACGCGUUAUACAUUUAUGUUGUAUGUAUUUUUAUUAAAAUUACUUUACGUUUAUUGUA